GGAUACUGCUUUUUUGCGUUGAGUGUUGUUUUUUACAUUUUCGGACCAUUAUUUACGUACAUUUUAUUCACGUUGUGUGAAGAGAAGAGAAUGCUGAGGACAAAUACUCCUAAAAUAAUUUCUGCACUUAAUUAAUAGCCUAAAUAACCUAAAAUGUUUGGUUCCUUACGAAGAAUUCUGCAUUGGGGUCCCAUUUGUGUUUUGGGUAUAAUAAAGCUAGUGACAUGGACCAUGGUGCACCUGAUCGGCAUGUGGUGGCCACCACAGGGCUCCCUCGGUGGCGCCAUCCAUGCUUGCUUGUUCCUGUUCCUGUCCGGAGGCACGCUGUAUUACUUCCUGCAGUCUUUACUUGAGGGACCGGGAUAUGUGCCGUUGGGUUGGAGACCAGCAAAUGAAAAGGACACGGACAAGCUGCAGGUCUGCACAAUCUGCAAUGGAUACAAAGCUCCACGGUCACACCAUUGUAGUAAAUGUGGGCGAUGUAUAUUAAAAAUGGACCACCAUUGUCCAUGGAUCAACUGUUGCGUGGGUCACGCAAACCACGCAUACUUCACACACUUCUUGACGUUCGCAGUGCUGGGUUGUCUCCAGGCAUCCAUUGUGCUGUCAAUCUGCAUGUACCACGCUUUAAACCGCGCAUGGUACGUCCAGAGCGGCACACGCGCUCCCCGCGUGCUGCUGACGCUCCCGACGUUGUUGCUGACGCUACUUGCCAUCGGCAUGUGUGUCGGCGUCGUGCUUGCUGUCGGUACUCUGCUGUUCCUACAGAUUCGAAGCAUCCUUCGCAACCGCACCACAAUAGAAGACUGGAUCCUAGAAAAAGCAGUCUGUCGUCGCCAGGAAGCCGGUCUGCCAGCCUUCGUGUUUCCAUACGAUCGGGGGUGGAAGGAUAACUGGCAUAUCGUGUUUAAGGGGCAUCUGUAUGAUGGAUUGACGUGGCCUGUGAAGGAAGGUUGUGGGCAGUAUGAUCUUACGCGAGAACAACUAGCCCAAAAAGCGGACAAGCGCGUCCGCUCCCGCCUCUACACAGCCGUGGCCGACUAUUCCGGCCGCUGGGUGCCUCUCUUCAGCAGGCCUAGGGCUGCGCUGGCGGCUCCUUGUACCGAUGAGCCCCGUUUACCCUUGCAGCCGGGUGAUGUCAUUAGAGCUACGAGGCAGAGGAAACACUGGUUGUUCGGCGAACGGGUAGGGGAGAGUGGGGCGGGUCGGGGCCCGCGGGGAUGGUUCCCGCGCGCCGCCGCCGUGCCCACCGACCUGCUCAAGCCUCAUACAGACUAGUACCCUAGAGGUCACUUUAUCUACUGACUCGUAAGUUUACCUCACAGAUAUAAAUAUAGGGAUCCCUUUGUUUGACAUACUUAUUUAAAGUCAUAAUGUAAUUAUUGUCAUAUUAUCAUUAGUCAUAAUUCUGAAACCGUUAGCUUUUCAGGAUUUUCCUCAGGUUAUCCUAUAGAUAGGUUAGGUUAGGUUUGUUUCAUGGCAAUCCUGAAAAGUUACGCGUUUCUGAGAAAAACCAAAUUAUGACUAACAAAAAUGUGGACAAGCAAUACAUUAUGACUUAAAACUAUAUGGGAAAAAAUAGUGACCCAUAAAUAUACCAUAGAUGACGCAAAUGCAUCUGCUUCGCGUGUCCGAACCCCGACCGAGCGUCGAGGUUGACCGUCGCUCUUGACAGUCCACGCGCGUCAGUUGUUGCAGCCGGACGUCCGUGAAAACUUAAAAAAAAUGCUUCGUUGCGUGAUAGUUAACUGCAACAGCCCAAAAAUUGCGACCACCCAAAGGCAAGGACACAUUUCCUAUCACAAAAUCUAGAUACUAUUUCAUUGCGAUAAGGGUUACAACUGAGCACUGUUGUCCUUAGUUAUAAUCCUUUGUGAUUUGUGACGUAUUUAUCUUUAUUUAAAUUAGUUUAGAAUAUAAUUAUUCAGCAAAUCUAAUAUUUUGAUUUGUGGGAACAAAAAAGGGGCGAAUACUUUUUCUCUCGUUUGUGACAUCCAUUUCAGUUUACACGUAAUUUACAAUAAUCUUGAAAGUACGCACCGAAUACCUAAAAUAGAUAAAUGUGAACUCAUAUUAUGACCAACUCUCAAAAAUAUUCAACAACUUUCCAGCUCGUCACAGACGCGAUAAUACAUCAGCCGAUAGCGGAAGAUAAGUCCCGA